AUGCCGCACCCUCUCUCGGAGUAUGAGGUGAAGAACGUGAUGUUCUCUGUGAUGCUGGGGUUCCCUGGGAUCUUCCCAACCUCCAGGCAUGCUGAGGAGCCUGUUCUUGAGCUGCUCAGGAGUGUACAGAAGGGUUCUGAGGACAGGAAAAGAUCCCUCGGCCGCCUCUGCUGGGCUCUGCGGAACAAGGAGACUCAGCAGAAGUUUGUCAGGCUGGACGGCAGCAUCCGAACGCUCAUCGGGUUCUUCACCAGCAGCCUGGCUGACGUGCAGAUGCAGGCAGGCCGCUGUCUCCACGAGCUGUCCCACUCCAGUGACCCUGCUGUGGCUGAGGCAUGUCUGCCAGUGACCUCCUACCUCCUCACCUACCUCUCUGGACACAGUAUUGAGUUCACGGAGCUGUGUUUGUACACACUGGGAAACCUGGUAGUAGAAAGCGAAGCUGUGAGGAAGCGGCUUCUGCCUCAGGGCAUCAUUCCAGUGCUGGCAUCCUGCAUCCAGUCCCCGCACGAGGCUGUGCUGGAAGGGCUGGGCUACGUCCUCUCGCAGCUCCUCCAAGCCAAGGAAGCCCCCACAGAGAUCAUUCCCUUGGUUCUGGCCUCUGCUCUCCCCCAGCACAUGCUUCGGGUGGUUUGCUUGGGCCUCAAGGCUGGGAUAGGAGCAGCCGUGGAGUUUGCGUGGUGUCUGCACUACAUCAUUUCUAGCCAAACGGCCAACACAGUUCUGCUGUCGCUGGGGGCUUUGCCUGCCCUCACCUCAGUUGUGCUCGACCUGGCUUCUGAACCCCCCCAAGAUGGUGCUGAGGGCCUGGAGCUGCUCGUGUGCCCGGUGCUGCGGUGUCUCAGCAACCUGCUCGCGGAGGACACAGGCUGUGAAAUGCAGGUGCAGGAUGAGCGCCUGCUCAUCGCCCUCUUCCUCAUCCUCCAGAGCUUCCUCCAGCGGCACCCCUUCAUCGCCCAGGAGUGUCUCUGGCUGCUGAACAACCUCACAGCCCAUGAGCCCUUCUUCUGCUCUGCUCUGCUCUCCCUGGACCUGCUCCCGGCCCUGCUGCAGCUCCUGCCCUGUUCCCAGAUGGCCACUGUGUUGGUCCUGACAGUUGUGUGCAAUAUAGCAGUGAAGGGGCCGCUGGCACCGCCAGCCGGCCCUGCCCCUCCUGCUGCCUACCCUCACACUGCCCGAGCCCGAGGCUGUGGGGCAGUGCUUGGAGCUGCUGCACCUCCUCUUCCUGCACUGCCCAGAGGCCACGCCACCUUCCUUCCCUCGCCCAGCGCUCUGAGGAGGAGUAAAUCCUUGUCCACUCCAUGCCCUGCUUUCCCCAAGGGCUGGUCUUAA